UCGCGUGAUUUGCAACUUUUGGCAGCUUUGCAUGUUACGGAUAGUUUGAGCGGCUGGAGGGCUGCAGAGUGUCAGAGGAAGGAGAAAAAACAGCGGUAGUCCUUUGCAGAGAAACACACGACAGCUGCUUCUGUCAUUGUGGAGGUCAGCUGGUGUUUCUUCUAACAACAUGAAGCCCACAUGGCUGCAGUUGGAUUCCCUGCUGCUGCUGCUCUUGGAGUUGAGCUGUGUGUCUGCUCAGGAAGGCAACAAGCCCAAUUUUGUCCUCAUGAUGGUGGAUGACCUCGGAAUUGGAGACCUGGGCUGUUACGGCAAUACAACUCUGAGGACCCCCAAUAUUGACCAGCUGGCACGAGAAGGGGCGAAGCUGACCCACCACAUCGCUGCAGGGAGCCUCUGCACGCCCAGCAGGGCUGCGUUUCUCACCGGACGAUACCCGAUACGCUCAGGCUUGGCUGAUCAUUGGGGACCUGGCGUUUUUAUCUUUAAUGCAGCAUCUGGAGGUCUUCCCAGCCAAGAGGUCACCUUUGCUAAGCUUGCCAAACAACAAGGCUAUGAGACCGCUCUUAUAGGAAAAUGGCACUUAGGACUUAACUGCAAGAGCAGUGACGAUCACUGCCACCACCCCAGUACCCACGGCUUUAAAUACUUCUUCGGUAUCCCUUUGACCAACCUGCGGGAUUGCAAACCCGGACACGGCACCGUUUUCCAGAUCCAGAAACAUUUUCCAUUUGGGACGCUGGGCAUCAUUUUGGUCACUGCAGUUUUCCUCCACCAAGGCAGGAUCAUCACCAUCCGCAAAGGGCUGAUCCUGGGCUUGCUGUCUCUGGUGGUUGUGGUUACAGUUCUGGGAGCAGGACUUUUCCUGAUGAUCCCAUAUUUCAACUGUGUUCUCCUGAGGGACCACAGCAUCAUAGAGCAGCCAUUCACAUCUGAAAACCUGACGCAGAGGAUGACUCAUGAGGCGGUGGAUUUCAUAGAGAGGAACUCAGCCAGACCUUUCCUGCUGUUUUUCUCUUUUGUCCAAGUACACACAGCCAUGUUUGCUUCGGUGGCAUUCAGGGGAACGAGCCGUCACGGCAUCUAUGGGGAUGCCGUCCAUGAGGUGGACUGGAGUGUAGGCCAGAUCAUGGAGACCUUGGAAAGACUGAACCUGGGAGAAAACACUCUUGUUUACCUGACUUCAGACCAGGGGGCUCACCUGGAGGAAAUAUCUGCAAGUGGGGAGGUCAUGGGAGGAUGGAAUGGAAUAUAUAAAGCAGGGAAGUCCACAAAUUGGGAAGGAGGGAUCCGGGUCCCAGGAAUUCUGCGCUGGCCAGGGAAGAUUCCCAGCGGCAGGCAGAUAGACGAGCCCACCAGCAACAUGGACUUGUUUCCUACGGUGGUGCAGCUGAGCGGAGCUUCAGUCCCAGAGGACAGGGAGAUGGACGGUCAUGACCUGAUGGAUCUGCUGCAGAGGAAAGUCGAAAGGUCAAACCAUGAGUUUCUGUUCCAUUACUGUAACGCCUACUUGAACGCUGUCAGAUGGCAUCCUCAAAACAGCAGUUCUGUGUGGAAAGCUUUUUACUUCACUCCAAACUUCUACCCAGAGGACCAGACGGCCUGUUUCCACACACAGGUCUGCUUCUGCUCACCAAAGUACGUGACCUACCACGAUCCUCCACUGCUCUUUGAUCUCACCAGGGACCCAUCAGAGACCACACCACUGACCCCUGACACCGAGCCGGUCUUUCACUCUGUCCUGGCCGCGAUGAAGGAGGCCGUGGAGAUUCAUCAGAGGUCGGUGAAGCCUGUGGAGGGCCAGUUAACUGCAGGGAAGGUGAUAUGGAGACCGUGGCUGCAGCCCUGCUGCUCUACACUCACUCAGCUCUGCCAGUGCCAGCAGGAUCAAUAGACUGUCAGGCUGCAGCACAAGAUAACUAUACUUAAUAGUGACACUAAACUAAUCUCAUCUGUGACCUCAGUGCUACUUCUGACCCCCUGAGACUUUCACACAGCAGCCUCAACGUGAAACCGAAAUCAGAACAUUAUUCCACCUGUCAUUCACAGUAACAAAGAAAUAGCACACAUAUUGUUACUGCUGUCACGUCACCCCUUCAUUCCAUUUCCCAUGGUGAUCCACAAUUCUUUCAUCCUUUUUUACCAUCUGUCAUACCCCCAUCUUCUUGUUAUCACACCUUUCUAUUUGCAAAUGUUUACCAGACUCUCUGAUCCAAUCACCCUUUUGUUCUGUUGUCUUACCCUCUGUUACUGAUUAGCAACUAGACGCAAAUUAACCACUGUCCACCUUGGUAUUUACUUUGAACCUCCUCCCGACCCUUUGAUCCAUCCUCUGAUAUGUUCCUUUUGUCUUACCCUCUAUAUUUGUACACAGCCCAUCCCUACCCUUUGAUCCAUCCUCUGACAUUCCUACAAAAUGUAUGCCCUGAAAAUGCUCUGGGUCAAUUUACCUUUGCAGACCCUUUGUAAAUCCACUGCACUACCGGAAAUACUAAGAAAACACACCAUUACAGCAAACUUUGAAGGACCGAGACUGAAAUUUCUUCUACAAAAGCAAAAUCAGUGUACACAACAGUUUUUUUUUUUUUUGUAAUCAAACACAUGUACAUUUUCUUGUGGUUGCUUUUAUGACAUUUAUUUACUCAUUACCUUUUCCUGUAUAGAAAACAGUAUUUGCUCCUCAUUUGGAAGCUUUUUUUGUAGCUGCAGAGAAAAAAAAAAAGUAGAUUGGAAUUCAUCAUUCAGUGAACAGCUGCAUUAAUUGCUGAUGUUUUUGCAAGCGCCGUGAAUGUAAAACCAUCAGGAGGCAAACUUGCACUGCCAUAAGUCACCGAAGGCUGAUCUCAUUUCUCUACUUUGAGCCUCCGUCCUCCUGCCUGUGACCCAGGAAUUGAUCUCAGGGUGCCAUCUUGACGGAUGCCUCAAUUCCUAAAAUGCAUCUGGAGGACAGAGCAGGAGAGGCUGUGUGUCUUCGAUGCAUCUUUUAGCGGAAGUCUCUCUGGUAUAAGAUGCGUAGCUGGAAUUAAUGAACCACUGGAGCAGAUCUGACAAAUAUGGAAUGUGUAACAUACAUUACUGUUCAAAAGUGUGGAGUCACCCAGGCAAUUCCAUGUGACUUCAUGAAAACUCACUUUUAUCCAUGUGCUAACAUAACUGCACAAGGGUUUUCUAAUCAUCAAUGAGCCUUUCAACACGAUUAGCUAACACAAUGUAGCAUUAGAACACAGGAGUGAUGGUUGCUGGAAAUGGGUCUCUGUACCCCUAUGACAUUCUAUUAAAAAUCAGCUGUUUCGAGGUAGAAUAGCCAUUUUUAUAGCCACAUUAACAAUGUCUAGACUGUAUUUGUGAUUCAUUUAAUGUUAUCUUUAUUGAAAAAAUAUUUUUCUUUCAAAAAUACGGACAUUUCUAAGUGACCCCAAACUUUUGAAUGGUAGUGUACAUCAUUGUCACAUUAAAUAUAUACUGUAAAUGCCAUCCCUUAUCUGGUGGAGAUCAUAAAAUAUAGUAGCAGGCUGUAACAGAACACUGCACCAUGUCAUAUUGAAUUGACGUCACUUCACUCCAAAAGUAAGGGUGGCCCAACUCCUCCCUCCUUGCGUCUCUUCCUCGCCUCCCCCACUCACAGGGGAGUCGUGGAAAUUAGUCGAGGAUGGCCAAAUUGAGAGUCGAAUGGGAGCUCUCCAGAUAUCAGAAAUACACAAAAAAGCAUAAAUGAGAGGCUCGAGAGCUGAACAAUAUAUUUGUUAAACACAGAAUGAGAUCCGAAAUGGAAGCAGUUAUGGGAAUCACCCCUACAAGACAAAAGAAUGGAACAGUGGGGAUGAAUGUUUAGUCCAACACUGCUGUGGUUGACUUAAUAUUUUUGCACUGAUGUGGAACUGUUGCGUGCACAACAAUAUGUCAAAUCAUGCAGAAAAAAGAAAAACGCUCAGAGAGCGCAGUGCUCUGCCAAGGCUGUUCUGUCGUAUCAUUUCUAACGGCUGAAAGUUCCAAAAAUUUGCGGCAGAAAUCAUGGCACCAUAGAAUGUGGCCAUUUAAUUUAGAUAUACAGAUGUGUUAGCCUAGCCGCGCUAGACAACCCACGGCAACGAAUUUAAUUCUCUGCCAGGGUGGGUCUAGUUACCCUCCAUAAGGCUCGAGGCUGGAUUCUCCUAAAACUGGCCGGACAAAUCACCAUGAAGUGUAGAGUCAGAAGGCGGGCGUAACUAAGUGACGACAGAGGUGCGACGAUUCUGACAGAAACAACCGGCGCACAAUAAACAGUUAUCUUUCGACUCGGCUUUGGCCACAGCCCUUAAAGAUUUGAAGCUAAAAUUCAACUUGAAAGAUAAACAAAGGACGGCACUGAAGUGUUUCCCUGAGAAGAAAGACGUAUUUGGACUUAUGCCGACGGGAUAUGGCAAAUCCUUAAUAUACCAGUUGGCUCCGCUGGUUGGGAAGCUAAUGGGACUUAGCCACAAUCCGCCGGCGCUCUAGGAACUCUGUCAGCCUAUUCGUUGCGUUGAUUGGUUGUAUACCUACCCAGUUGCUGCAGAGUGAUUUGAAAGACAACCUUUUAGCCCGCCUCCCUCCCUGUCGAGUGGCCCUAGACCCUUGUGUCUUAAGAGCUGGGUCUAGCGUGGCUCGGCUACAGAUGUGUAUUAUGUACAGAUACCAAGUUAAGUGACCUAAAUAUGUAGCGGGUGGCGGGAAUUUAUGGGACUCGGAAACACCCUCACGAUCUAAUCAAUUGUUCUUUGUAUCCUUUCCGACAUAGUAGCAUCGCAGUCAUGUGACGUCGUGUUCACCUGUAGACAAACAGACAGAUGAACAAACACACGCCAGUCGUCACAUAACUCCGCCGUUCCUUGGCGAAGUAAAAAACUUCUUUUUUAUGUGCAAACCAGAAAAUACGCCCUGCAGCACCAACGCUAGCAAAGCUGCCUUAUGCAUCUGCUUUGAUAAUUUGGACAUAAAUGGAAAUACACAAAAGCAUUUUACAUGAAACCUAGAAUUCAGUGUGUACCAUGUACAUGCAUUUGCUGAAACUGAUUCAAGUAAUGAAUAAAUGCUGUCAGAGAAGAUCA